AUGCCUGAUUCGUUGUCUAUCCAUCUGCGCUUCGCCUUCUCUACCUCGUCAAAUUCCGACAUGCGGACGCUGCAGGUGUAUUCGCAAGAGAAUGGCCAAGAGACCGAAUUAUACAAGUUCUACCACCCGAUAACUGGCCUGUCUAUCGGCUUGACAACCGUGCAAAGGAGGAAUCCCAAUACUGAAAUUUACGAGACGGCUUGCGAGAUCGAAUGGAAGAAUGAGACGAAUGCCACCGUCUCAUUCGGGGUCGAGCAGGUCAACCUCCGCGACUUGCGCAAGCCAAAGAAGAACAGCAGCCAAUCAAGAAGAUUUAAAGCCGGUGGCUCAGAGUACAAGUGGAAGGUUGCAGAGAAUAACAAGGAUUUAUUCUGCGUAGACACGAGAGGCAAGACGCUCGCGGAGUGGAAUGAAGAGCAGCAAUCCUUGAAGGUGGCCAAGCGGCUGGAGGGAGUCCUCGAUCGCGUGGUCGUGACAUGCCUCUUGAACCUCUGGAUGAAGCGAAAGGGCGAUUGGUGA